AUGGCUUCGAAAAAGAAGGAUUUUAAAGAUUUAGCUACAAAUGUGUUCAACCAAAGUGAACAUAACCGGAAGGUUUUGAAGCGGAACAACAAGAAGAAGGCUGGAUUCAAUUCUAAAUCUGCCAUUGAUCAAGUUAUCAAAAAGUGCAACGAACUGAACCAGGUAUUUGACAUUUUCUUUUUUAUUUAUGCUUUUAGACUCUUGCUUCAACUUAUCAGAGAUUUGAUGAGUUUCCUUUGUCGUCUUUGACUAUGAAGGGACUUUUGGAGAACAAGUUUGAGAAACCAACCCCAAUUCAACGAGAUUCUCUGGGAUGGUCGUUAACUGGACGGAACGUAGUUGGAGCAGCCAAGACUGGAAGUGGAAAGACUUUGGCGCUAAUUAUACCGGUAUGAUAAGGUUUUCAAACAUAAUUUUGGAUUUUAGAUAUUAGAGAAACUAUGGAAAGCUAGAUGGACUAGAGAUGACGGGCUUGGAGCGCUAGUUGUUGUGCCAACAAGAGAAUUGGCUUAUCAGAUAUAUGAGAUAUUAAAUAACGUGGGAAAACUGCAUCAGUUCUCGGCGGCGUUGCUGAUAGGAGGAAGUGAUGUACAAUAUGAGAUGCAGAGGUUGGUCGGAGUCAAUAUUAUUAUUUGUACACCGGGAAGACUUUUGCAGCACCUUGAAGAGAACUAUUCCUUCAAGUGCGAUCAGCUUCAAAUUCUUGUGAUUGACGAAGCCGAUCGUAUUUUAGAUAUGGGAUUUAAAAAACAGGUAAGGGACAUUUGGAUGACGAGCAGAGAAUUAUAUUGUAUUCAGAGUUGAAUUAUAAUCAAAUGACUUAAAGGUAGUUUGGAAUUUAAUAUUUUUAGAUUGAUGCUAUAAUAUCGUAUUUGCCUGAAGAACGUCAAACAUUGUUAUACUCGGCUACUCAAACUAGAAAUAUUGACGACUUAGCCAGAGUUUGUGUGGAGGAUCCUGUUUACGUAAAUGUUGACGAACAAAGUAUAGAAGCUACUCCAUCUGGUCUUGAACAGGUAUACCUAAAUAUUAUAAAAUGCAUUCUUUUUUUAGAAUUAUAUGGUCUGCAACGAAGAAGACAAGAUUAACAUGUUGUGGUCGUUUUUGGUCAGUAACAAGAGGUCUAAAAUACUUAUAUUUGUAGCGUGCUGUAAACAGGUGAGUUAUUAUUUUGCUUUAACUACUUAAUUAUGAAUUGUAUAUUGUCAUUUUAAACAUUUUAGGCGCGAUUCUUGGCGGAAUCCUUCAGACAUCUGAGGCCUGGAAUUUCAAUCGGAGGUCUUUGGGGUACCCAGAAGCAGACAAGACGAUUGGAGGUAUACCAGGGCUUUGAUUCAAAAAGAAAUGGAGCUGCUUUGAUAGCUACGGAUGUGGCUAGCAGAGGAUUGGACUUUCGGCAUUUGGACUGGGUGUUGCAGUUGGAUUGCCCUAAUACGGUCGAAGAUUACAUUCACAGGUAACACCAUUUAUAUUAUGAAAUGUUAGUUACAUUUUUUGUUGAUCUUAGUGUAGUGGUAAAAUAAAUUGUUUUUAGGGUUGGUAGGACUGCUCGGAUGGGCAGGAACGGCCGUGGUGUACUUGUGUUAACACCAAACCAAGAAGAACCGUUUAUUAACAUGCUGCAGGAGAAGGCAGUUCCUAUAACUCAAAUAAGACCAGACCAAAAGAAGCUUUUGGAUAUUAGGACAAAGUUGAUGGCAGUAAUUGCCAGCUUCUCAGAGCUCAAGGAGUUUGCGCACGGUGUAAGUUUUUGGUUUGUGUAAAUUAAUUUUUGAAUUAUAUUUGAGAUAACUAUAUAUUGUUUUAGAGUAUUGUUUCAUACGCAAAAGCCAUGUAUUUUGCUCAGAACAAAGACGUCUUUAACGUGAAAGAGAUAGACUUUGAUGCGUUGUCACAAUCUUACGGUUUGGCUACCACACCUAGGAUAAGGUUUUUGAAGAAACGAGGUAUUGAGACGAAGAGUGAAGUGGUUAAAGAUGAAGAUCAACAGAUUUCUAAAAAUAAAAAGAAGCUGGCUCUACGAGAACUGUUAGAUGAAGUGAAGAAGGGUGACCAAGUGGAGGUGGAGAAUAUCGAACUGACUAAGUCUAAUUCUUUGAAGAUAGAAGACGAUGACAGUGAUAAUAAAGAAGACGUUUUUACAGUCAAACAACGAGAUGUCUUUAAUGUUGCUGAUGAUAAGGACGUUGCUCAGCCUACUUUGGUGCCAAAGAAGGUCGUCACAAAGGAACAGAUGGCUAAGAAGUUGUUGAAGAAAGGAAUUCGACUUAACACAACUGUCAAGUUCAAUGAAGAUGGAAAUGCUGAGGUAAGGAGAUAAAGAACAACCAUGAUAUUCGUAUUUAGGAUGAGUUACUGGUCAAACCGAAGGGCUUGGAUCUGGAAGAAGCUAAGAGGGAGAUGGCUCAAUCUAAUGCUGAAGACAAGAAACGGCACAAGGAGUUGAUCAAGAAGAUGAAGAAGGUAAGCACUCAUAGAAAGAUCAUAGCUACAACCUUUAACAUUUCAGGAGAAGAAGUUGAAAAAGUUGGGCAAACUGAAACAAGAUGAAGAAGAAUUGGAUUUGGGAGCUGAUGACGAAGAUAAUCGAGACUUUUCUUGGCUACCUGAUCCAGAUGCGCCUAAGAAGUUUGAUGAAAGUGAUGGUGAAGAAGAUGAUAAGGAGGAACUGAAUGAAGAAUCUGAUGAAGAAGAUGAGCAAGAUUACAGUAGUAGAAAGAGGAAGUUGAACUCGGUGCAAAACGCGGAAGAAGCGGCCUUGAAGCUGAUGAGGUUCUGA